CGGGCUACAUAGACAGGUGGGUUCAGAGGUGGGAUUGCAUACAGGAUACGAGGCCCACAGCUGUUGACUAUACCACGUAUAUGCGUUGGUAUUGGGGUAUCACACGUAGAUGGAUCACGCGUGACCCACAGCCUUUAGCUGGACACAUGCCACGCCCACCGACAGAUAGUUACAUCCCUAGUGGGAUGAACGAGAGAGAUUACGUCCGUGUUUUAGAUAGCAUUGGUGCUGAUAUUGAUGCGCACGUGACUGAGAUUCAGGAUCAGGUGGUGUUAGGUCUCCUCAGCAGGAUCAAGAAGAGCAUAGCGCAGGUGUUCCAUAGGACUCACGUCGACGAGUUCGCAGGCCGUGAGGACAGGUCUCGCUCAUUUGGACGGGCGUACGCUCGACGUCGACGGCCGCGUGAUGAUGACGCCGGCACUUCGCAUGCUACUCAGAUAGUUGAGGUAAAUAUACAAAACCUGCACAGAAGCUGUGCAUGCUGGGUGACCUGCAACUUCACGGGAUUUCAAGUCCCGUGGAGUUGCAGUGCCAAAUUCCAGAGACUCGAUCUCUGGCAAUUUGUGGACUGCAACUUCACGGGAGUUGAAAUCCCGUGA